AUCUUCAUCAAUAACGACUGGCACGCAUCCAGCAGAGGGAGGACGUUCUCAACCUUCAACCCGGCCACAGGUGCCAAAAUCUGUGACGUGGAAGAAGCGGACAAAGAGGACGUUGAUAAGGCCGUUGCGUCGGCCAAAGCAGCCAAUCAGAAGGGCGCGCCGUGGCGCAGGAUGGACGCGUCCAGCCGCGGAAAGCUGCUGCACAGACUGGCCGACCUGAUGGAGAGGGACCGACUCCUGCUGGCGACCCUUGAGACCCUGGACACAGGGAAGCCUUUCCUCCAGGCCUUCUACAUCGAUCUGGAAGGUAGCAUCAAGACUCUCCGCUACUAUGCAGGCUGGGCAGACAAGAUUCAUGGAAAAAGUCUGCCCGUAGAUGAAAACUUCUUGUGUAUAACCAAACACGAGCCCGUUGGCAUUUGUGGUGCGAUCAUUCCAUGGAACUUCCCUCUUCUGAUAUUCAUGUGGAAGGUAGCGCCGGCCCUGAGCUGUGGGAAUACUGUGGUCAUUAAGCCAGCAGAGCAGACUCCCCUCACGGCCCUCCAUGUUGGAUCGCUCAUCAAAGAGGCGGGGUUCCCUCCUGGAGUUGUGAACAUCAUUCCAGGGUUUGGUUUGACAGCAGGAGCUGCCGUCGCAAACCACAAAGACAUUGACAAAGUGAGCUUCACAGGCUCUACUAAGGUUGGCCGUCUUAUCGCAGAGGCAGCCGCCAAAAGUAAUCUAAAAAGAAUAACUUUGGAGUUGGGAGGCAAAAACCCAUGCCUCGUCUUUGCUGACUGCGACCUGCAACUGGCUGUGGAAGUAGUUCAAAAAGGAGCUUUUUAUAACCAGGGUCAGUGCUGCACAGCUGCAUCACGGGUCUUUGUGGAGGAAACCAUCUACGAGGAGUUUGUAUGUUGCAGCGUAGAGAAUGCCAAGAGGAUUGUCAUCGGAGACCCGCUGGACCCCCUGACAUCACAUGGGCCACAGAUCGACCAACAGCAGUUUGAAAAAAUUAUGGAUCUGAUAGAGAGUGGGAAAACAGAGGGAGCUACGCUGGAAUAUGGAGGCAAAGCUGUGGGUGAAAACAGUCUCUACAUUCAACCUACAAUCUUCUCUGGCGUUAAAGACCAUAUGCGGAUUGCCAAGGAAGAGAUCUUUGGUCCAGUGCAGUGUAUAUUCAGCUUUAAGACCCAGCGGGAGGCUGUAGACAGAGCAAACAACUCCCAGUAUGGCCUGGUGUCGGCAGUCUUCACGACAAGUAUGGACCGAGCUCUGUCUGUGUCUGCAGCCCUGGAGACUGGAACUGUCUGGAUAAACUGCUACAACGCCCUUCAUGUCCAGACUCCCUUCGGAGGCAUCAAGAUGUCAGGCAGUGGACGAGAGCUUGGAGAGUAUGCUCUGGCUGAGUACUCUGAAGUUAAAACGGUGACCUUCAAGCUCACCGAACCACGUGAGAAGACAGAAGUUCUCCAGCCAACACAUGCUCGCUGA